CACUGUGUGUGUGUAUGAAAGAAGAUGCAUAAAUUGCUACUGGUGGCAUGUAAUAGGAAGAGAAACCAUGUGAUGACAGCAUUCAUGUGAUCGAGGAAGAGGAGCAGCCCAGCGAAUAUCACAAACACUUACUUGUUCCCUCAGUUUACUAGAGACUCCAUCCCGGCAAGUCAGUACAGCAAGAAUCAAUAUGCAAACCAUUCAGACCAUAGAGAUGCAGUUACCUGUCCUGCGAGAGAGUUUCCACUCCUCUCCCUUCAGAGAGAGAGUGAAAGAACGGAGGAAGAGCAGCCUGACAAAUCUCAUCAGAAGACAACAGCAGCAGUUAUUACUCCAGCAACAACAAUCAGAAUUACAUCAGAAGCAACAGCUGUUGUCACCCUCACAGGGCCACACUGCACAUGCUCAGUUGGUCCGCUCUUCCAGCAGCCCGUUAUGUGACUUAGUAGAGCAAAUAGAUGAGCAAGAGAAAAUGAAAGAGACCGGGAGGCAGGGGGAGCUGUCUCUCAGGCAGUCCUCGGCUAUUGCGUCACAGCCUGCAUCAUCAAAGCAGCUGCUGCCGAUGGUGAAGAGAGAGAGAGAGGGAUUAGAGAGGGAGAGGGAGAAAGUGCAAGGGAGCACGGAGAGGGAGAGAGGAGAGAAGAGAGAGCAGACAAGAGAACGAGAAAGUCAGUCCUAUCACACACGUUCCCAGCAUGGCCUGAUCGCUAAAGGUGUUCGCCUUCUGAGGAGCAUGGGAAACCAGGAGGCCAAGCAGAAGAAGACCACUGUCACAACAGGAGUGGAAGGUGCUGGGAAUGGGGCAAGCACUGAGGACCGAGACCAUGAACAUCUCAAGAAGAUUAAGAAAAGUAAAUUGUCAGACGACUCGGGCAAGAAGAAAUCCAAAUCGGAAGGCUCCAGAGGUUCUGUAUUUUCCAACAUCCGUAUCAGAAAGGGCCUCUCCCGGAAAGGGUUGUCCAAAGAGGAUGUACUGGACAAUGGGAUUAGGAUUAACAGCAUGGAUGCUAACGGCAGCAGCAAUGGUGGAAUAUCGGGUGAUGAGCUGGAGGGUCUCACGCCUGAUAGUAAGCAACUCACGGCUGAAAGCAGGCAGUCAACUCUGGACACGACAGAAGAUGAUGCUGAGAGAGAGACUGAGGGAUCAGGGUCAGAUACAGACCUCUACAGCUACCACUCAGCCGCUGAGGCUCAAGAUCUGCUGUCGGAUAUCCAGAGGAUUAUCGGACAACAGCAGCAGAUGGAGGGAGUUUCUGAGGGGCAAAACUGUAGUGGACAAGUAGGGUCUGAUGGCCAGACUGAGGUCACUCAGGGUCUUACUUGUAGUAGUCUUGCUUGUAUGGGUGAACCAGAGAAGGUAGAAGGUGUAUCUGCAUCUAUCAGCACAGAACAAGAUCUUAAAUAUAGUGGGGACACAGUAGAAGGGGUGAUUAUAACCACACUAAAGGCAGAAGCAGGUGGUGAAGUGACUGAUGUUGCAAAUAAAGCUGAACGUUUGAGCAGUUUUGCCAUUGACUAUUGCAUUCAGGAUAGUACCACUGACACAAGUAGUGCCCGGGAUACCACAGCUGUUACCACAUCUACCAGUAACUACAGUUUUCAAGAUACUACAGCAACAUCCACCUCCUAUGAGAGUGCCGAGGAGAUCCUGGAGAGUUCAUCUCUAUCAUCUCCUCUUGAAGAGUGUCAUUACGAUAGCAAUAGCCUGACUCAAAGCCUAGAAGUCGGCCUCAAUUCAAGAAAUCAGACCAGCUCAAUGUCCAAAAUCAGCCGGGUAAUUUUCGUCCCACAGAAGAGCAUUAGUAGUGUAGAGCUGAACGUAGAGGGUGAUGGUCAUGUAGAGGAGGUAGAUUGUGAGUAUUCCCACCAACAGAGAAGGAAAAGCAGUGGCGCGUCCAUCACACAGUGGUCAUCUGAGAACUUUUUAGGCUUAGGGUCAAGACCACGUAGAACUUCCAGCGCUAACCUCGGGGUUAAACCUUAUCCUACAGUACACACUUCUUAUGUUAAAACAACCACCAGACAGCUCACAUCACCUAUAAUAUCUCCAUUGACCACUCCGUCCCUUAGCCCAAUGUGUCCUCGCAGGGUCGGCUUAGAGCUGGGCUCAGUUCAGGGGUCAUACAGAGCAGGAAGCUGGAGAACACAGAGACAACGGUCCUGUAGCAUUGCAGGUCCGGUGGGUUGUCAUGAAGAAUGGUGUGAAGCCAUACAUGAUCAGUCAGAGCUUGUUAAUCAUGGCUUCCAAACCCUCAGAUCCAGGCAAACACCAUCUGCCUUUCCAGAUGUGUUUUCAGGUCGCUCUCUGUUCGAGAGGUGUCUUGUACAGUGGGGUUAUUCUGAACAUGGCACUGCUGCAGAGGAUGUUGAAAGAUUCUGUUCCCAUAUUCUGGCUUUGGGGAUUCUACAGCCUUUCAGUGACUGCAUCAAGGAACCACCCACAGGAAGUGAUGUUACAGAUAAGCCCAUUUUCAAUAAGGAGCAGCUGUAUACCUGGGCUCCAAUGGGACAGAAUGAGAUCAGAACACCUGGGCAGCUCCAAACAAUGUCGCCUCCAAGUCCGUCCCCCAAUUCCACACAGCUGCAAGAUGGAUCCACGGAGCAAUCUGGAAUCGUUCCGGAAGAAACGUCCAUUUCCAUUCAGGAGCUAGAGCGAACAAUUGAAGAAUUACUUGUGAAAAUCUCAGAUAUGGAAAAAGACAAUGUUUUGGAUGGCACAAAGCUUGGAAAAAGGGAUCGAGAAGUGGGUGGUUUCAAUCAAGCCAUUAAACAGACUAAAGUAAAUAAACAACGAGUUCAUUCAGCCAUUCAGACCUCACCUGUCGAGGAAGCCUUUAAACUUCCAGUGCCUUUAUCAGACCAAUCACAUUUUCCCAAAUUAAGUGACACCGCUACUUCACCAGUGGGAUUGCCCAAUACCUGUAGCUGCCAAAGAACACAGAAAAUCCCUUCCCCUGCACCAUCACUACUUCCUGUUGUUUCAGGUUUCCCAACACCUUCAAAACAAGAUGCAUCAGUUCCUCCACCUCUUCCACCUCCACUCCCAGAUGCGAUUCAGAUCCAUCUGCCUUUCCUGGGUACUCCUCCACCCCCACCCCCUCCACCUCCACUUCCAGGUAUGGGUCUGCCCCAUCUGCCACUCAAGGGUAUAGCUUCUUCCUCUCCACAACCUCCACUCCAAAUUAUGGCUCUGCCCCCUCCACCGCCUCCGCUCCCAGGUAUUAUUCCUCCACUUGCAUCUGUGGGCAUGGCUCCACCUCCUCCACCUCCACUCCCAGGUAUGGCCCCACCCCCUCCUCCUCCACCUCCUGGCUGUGGACCCCCACCACCCCCUCCUCCACCUGGUUUUGGGCCACCACCACCCUUCGGUCCCCCUCCACCCUUCAUGGGGUUGGUGCCGUCUAGCAUGACUCAGGAGUCCGUCCCCCUGAAGGCUGUCAUCGAACCUCCACGGCCCAUGAAACCACUCUACUGGACACGGCUUCAGCUAAAUGCCAAAAAGGAUGCCAAAAGUGACCUGGUGUGGGAAAAGGUUCAAGAGCCUUCAGUAGACUUUGACGAAUUUGUGGAGCUGUUUGCCAAAAGUGCAGUCAAGGAAAAGAAGAAACCUAUCUCAGAUACCAUAACAAAAUCCAAGGCCAAACAGGUUGUCAAGCUGCUGAGUAACAAACGUUCCCAAGCGGUGGGGAUUCUGAUGUCCAGUCUUCAUUUAGAUAUGAAAGAUAUUAAGAAUGCCAUCUUGAACAUGGACUGCACCGUGGUGGAUCUGGAGACGCUCCAGGCGCUGUAUGAAAACAGAGCUCAGAAAGAAGAGAUGGAUCAGAUUGAGAAACAUAUCAAGUCUUCAAAAGAUAAAGAAAAUGCAAAACCACUGGACAAGCCUGAACAGUUUUUGCUGCAGUUGUCAGAGGUUCCUCAGUUCUCAGAGCGGGUUUUCUGUAUUCUCUUCCAGUCCACCUUCACAGAAUGUGUUACAUCAGUUCAGCGCAAGCUUGAAACACUGCUGAGAGUCUGUACGGCUCUAAAAUCAAGUCAAGCCGUCCUGCAGGUUCUAGGUUUGGUUCUUGCAUUUGGGAACAUUAUGAACGGGGGCAACCGGAGCAGAGGACAGGCAGACGGAUUUUCCCUAGACAUCCUACCCAAGUUAAAAGAUGUCAAGAGCAGUGAUAGUUCUCAGAGCCUCCUGUCCUACAUAGUUGCUUACUAUCUGCGACACUUUGAUGAGGAUGCAGGUAAAGAAACAUGCGUGUACCCACUUCCAGAGCCUCAGGAUCUGUUUCAGGCUUCACAGAUGAAGUUUGAGGAUUUUCAAUGUGACCUACGCAAGCUACGGAAAAAUCUGAAUGCCUGUUCAGCAGAAACAGAAAAGGUGUGUAAUGUCUCGUCUGAGGAGAACCUGCAGCCCUUUAAGGACAAAAUGGAAGAAUUUCUCACUAGAGCCAAAGCAGAGCUGGAGCUCCAGGAAAAACAGCUCGCUGGCACGCAGAGGAUUUUUCUGGAGCUGAGCGUGUUUUUCUCAGUCAAGCCUAAGGCGGGAGAGAAGGAGGUUUCACCAAACACAUUCUUCACAGUGUGGCACGAGUUUUCGUCAGAUUUUAAGGAGCUCUGGAAGAGAGAGAAUAAAUGCCUAUUGCAGGAGCGUUUGAAAGCUGCAGAAGAGACUUUUAAACAAGCACGAGAGAAGGCUACCUACAAUAUAAAACCUAAACAUGCAUCAGGAAUAAAAGCCAAGCUGGGACAGAAGAUGUGAAUUUCUGCUGUACUGAAUCCAACAAAACUCCUUGUUUGCCCGGUUCUUUCUUUGUUUUCUACUUAACAGUUACUUCAGUAUAAUAAUAUCCAUGAGAAUGUUUGCAUUAUUUUAAUACAUAGACAUGGCCAGAAUUUAUAUGAAGACAAUCAAAGGCCAUAUUAUGAUCAUUUUCAACAACAACAAUAAAAACAAAUCAGCCUACUAGAACACAUUUUGAUUUAAAAAACAUUUUUCAAAUUUCUCAUGCAUUGCUGUAGCACCACUAUUUUCACUCUCUGCCUAAAACCCUCUCUCUUUUACUUUCUAUCUAUUUAAAGCCUGCCAUUCCAAAAAGCUAAAUCUGAUCUUGGUCUGGUGGUCAACCGCUUACAGCAUGUCAGAAAUGUAUCUUUACAGUUUUCAGCUACAGCUAUGGCAUUGUCAUUGGAAGGCCAUGCUAAUUGUUCUUUGAGGGUGGGCCAAGGCAAGCCAGUCUGUGUGCAUUAUGCAAAUGUAUAUCAUGAUGACAAGCUAAGUCAUGAAAUAAUGGCAGGACAUCAAACGAGGCAUUUCAGGCAAGUGUUUUCUGUUAGAGAGAUUAACUCCCUUUGGCAUGACUUUGUGCUUUGUAAUUUUGCAGAUAGUGUACACAAACAGCUAUAUAAAGCAGUAAAGAAAAGGUUAAAUAAUAAAAAAAAAAGCAUAUUGCUGUAGGAGUAAUUCAAAGCCAUAGAUUGAAACUAGCCACUAUUUUACAAAAGCAAACUGAAUAUUUAGUAUACAUUGAUAAUUACACACAAAAUCUGCAUAUUUAUUUUCAUAUCUUCUGUCAAGUACCGAAUGAUCUAAAAUAACCUGUGCAUUUAAUUAUCAUAAAAUAGCAUUCUUAUUUGUAGGUGAAAGCCAUAAUAUUUAAUGAACUAUGACAGAUAAAUAGUGGAUUUCAUACAGGUAGACUAAUUAAACAAUAUGCUUCUAAAUGAUGUUUGUUUAUGCUGAACAGGCAAUGACAUUUAAGAAAUUGGAAUAACUCAAUGCAUAAAGAAAUGGCAAUCUCGGAUAUAAUAUCUGACUAUGUGACCUGUGUAAAGUCAUAAAAUGUGUGUUUUGGUGAUUCCUAUAUGAAGAGCCACGGCCAUCUUAUUCUUUAAAUGGAAAUUUGAUAAUAUUCUGCGUCCAUAGUUUCAUCUACAGGUGUUUAUAUACUUCAGCCUAUGAAAUUGACAUAGAAUUGAGUGAUAUGUUGUGAGUUUCUCUGUUCCAACUGUAAGGUGUUUAAUGAACAGUUGUUGAGAAAUAUAUGCAAAUAUUAUGAUUUAUGACUUAUACCAUUCUUUGUUGUAUGUGUACAGCUGUUGUCAGUAGUUCAAUAACCUUUAAUUUACCUAAAUGUAUUUUCAAUUAAAGAAGCUGACAGCUU